ACAGUUCAGCAAGAUGGCAAAUAAAUACUAGUAAGGUUCUCCAAUAUGGUUGUGUGUUAAAGUGGAUAAAUGAUUGACUUUACAUGGGGGUGGGUAUUGAGGUUUGCUUAGUGAGCUUUAUUCUCCUGGUCAGUCUGAGGCACUGGUGAAACAACACUAUCGCAUUUAACUGGUGUAGCACAUUAUAGAUAUAUAACUAUUGAUUUAAGUCUUUUUUAGAAUUUAUUUAGUAGUAUUAUUUCAGAAAAGCUGAAAUGGGAAAAGCGGUUAGAGGUCUUUGCCUGUUGCUGAUGCUGGGAACUGUUACAGCCCAAGCAGAAAGUGUUGGAAGAGCUCUACCAAACUGGCUUACUGGUAUCAUCGCAGUUGCUGUGUUUCUCUUCUUGGUCUUCAUUGCCUUCCUUGUAAACAAAGCCUGGUGUGAGGACUCAAGCCAGGAGGAAAAGGUCAAUGGAACAGCCAACGAAUAUGCCAUGACCAAUGGGUCAAACAUCAAUCUUGAUUCAGUCAGGAGUCAUGAGCACUUUGAUGCUUAUGAGAAUGUGAUUGUUCACAAAUCUGAAGAAAACUUGACAGCCAUGUGAAUCUGGGUAAAACACCUGUUGGAUGCAAUAUGGCGUCCAUUUAAACCAUAUCUAAACCACUUUAGAAAUGUUUAAUGAUGUUAUUGGUUCUUUUGAACAGUUAUACACUUACAUUUAUGAAUAUACAUGUAUAAAACAAAUUCAAAUAAAAUUGUUACCAGUUAUCACACAAUGUGCUAAUGGGAUAAUGAUAUGUAAUUACUGCUGUGAUUAAUAUGGUCAAGCUGACAAGUUCUUUUACUCUAAGCUUUACAUUUAUGUAGUUUCAGAAGGGCAAUUUUUU